CAUAUGUGUGUGUAUAUGAGUGUGUAUUGCCUGACGAGAUAGGGGUUUUCGUUGGGUUUUUUAAGUGCACGUGGACUGAGAUUCUGAGUAAAAGCUUAGGAACAGAUAAGGUUGGCCAGGGGAUCCUUAAAUCACAGAGACACUAAAGAGUUAUCUGGUAAAGCCAGCCUUUCCUCUGGCUGGAUCAGCAAUGACGUCCCAUGUAAAGCUAUGGAGAGAUAAACUGGGACUAGCAGAUUAUGACACACAAAUCAAAGAGGUACGCUUGCAGCUGGCUGAGCAGUUGAAGGUGUUUGACUGUCAGUUGGAACAGAAAGUGCAGCUGCUGCAGGAUCUGAGUGACUACCUGCGCAGACGAGGGGAGAUCGAGGGCGAGUAUGCCCGCUCCCUGGACAAACUGGCCGAGAGGUUCUCCUCCAAGAUUAAGAGGAAGGAGCCGAGUGGUCAGUCUGUGGCUCGCUGCUGGUUGGUGCUGCUCAAUCAGACUCGUCAGGAGAGCAGAGACCACAGCCUGCUGAGUGAGAGCUGCUCUAACACACUGCCCCAGCACCUCUCUCACUGUCUAGAGCACACUCUUCGCCUCACCAAACGGAGUAGAGAUAUUUGCACUCAGUUACAGGACGCACUGAUAAAGAUCACCACAGAACUGCAGACCGACAUGAAAAACUACCACCAGUACCACACUGAGUAUCUGUCUGCUGAGGGCAAACUGCGAGAUGCAGCCCGCAUGGAAGAGAAACAGAAACAAAGCGCUGCCAAGAAAGUGGAACGUCUAAUUGAGAAAAGACAGUGCAAAGUACAAGAGAUCCACCUGAAGUGUACUAAAGCACGUAACGAUUACUUACUUAAUCUGGCAGCUGUCAAUGCCUCUAUGAACAAAUACUACCUCCAGGACAUCUCCACUAUUUUAGACUGCAGUGAUCUGGGUUACCAUCAGUCGUUCUCCCAUGUGAUGCGGGCGUACCUGUCCAGUCGGUCCAGAGCCCAGCAGGACCUGAGCAGUGGGCUGCAGCAGCUGAACAGUGCUGUGUCAGAACUGGACCAGAGUCAGGACCGAGAUACACUAAUGCAGGCCAACAACAAUACUUUCUGCAUGCCUCUCCGCUUUCAGUAUCUACCACAUGAAGGGGACCAGCUGUGUGAGGUGAAUGCUGAAUCUGAGAUGUGGUGUGAGCUGAGGACUCGUUUUCAGCAGCUGCAGUCUAGACUCCAUCAGGUCACUCAGGCCAGUGACGAGGCCAGUGGGACCCUCCAGCUUGUUCGUUCUUCCCUGCUUGACUCCAUCGAUGAGGAUGUGUUUGGGCCCUCCCCUGAAGUCACCAGUAACCAAUCACAGGAGGGCGACAGCCUGAACCACAAGACCAAUCAAACCAAGCGUAAAGCCAAUCUGCAAGAGACUGAGAACUUAUAUUUCAUGAAAGUGAAGGAUCUCUUCAUUGCCAAUUGUCAGAUGGUAAAGCUGCAGGCCAAACACGACCUGCUUCAAGUGGCCAUUCAGAAAGCUGAAGCAGUUGAUGGUACCACUUCCAGGGUAGUCUCCAGAAGGUCCAUCCGUCAGAAGAAGUGUCACUCUGGGGUUAAGAUCAAUCAGAAGCUCUUCACUGGAGAUCUGCUCUCCUACAUCCAGGCCUCAGGACAGCCUAUUCCAGUGGUGGUGGAGAGUUGUAUUCGCUUCAUCAACCUCAAAGGUUUGCACCAUGAGGGCAUUUUCCGUGUGUCAGGGUCUCAGUUGGAGGUGAAUACGCUGAGAGAUGCCUUUGAGAAAGGAGAGGACCCCCUGGAUGAGACAGUAUGUGAUAUCGACUCAGUGGCCAGUGUGCUGAAGCUGUAUUUCAGAGGACUGGAGAAACCCUUGUUUCCCGAGGACAGUUAUACUCUGCUCAUGGAAUGUGGCCAAAUCGAGGAUGAGACAGAAAAAGUGGCCCAGAUAAAGUCAGUGGUCUCCUCUUAUCCUGCUCCUCUCCUCAUUGUAAUGAGAUAUCUGUUUGCUUUCCUUAACCAUGUGUCUCAGUACAGUGAUGAGAACAUGAUGCAGCCCUAUAACCUGGCCGUGUGCUUUGGGCCCAGUCUGCUGAGGGGCCCAGAGUGUGGGGACGCUGUGGCCCUGCAGCAGAUUAACGCUCUGGUCAAAACCAUCAUCAUCCAGCACGAGAGCAUCUUUCCCAGCCAAGAACAGCUACCAGGGCCCGUCUAUGAGAAAUGCAUGACACUGGAGCCAGAGGACUGUGAGGUUACAGUAGAGGAACCUGAGGUGGAGGCAGAAUCUCCUCAGGGUAAAGACGAACUGGAGGCUGUGGCCAUGUUUGACUACAGCGCUCGUUCAGCGAGCGAACUCUCCUUCAAACAGGGAGAACGCCUCCUGCUUCACAGCAAGCCCUCCUCAGACUGGUGGAGAGGGGAGGUGAACGGAGCAAAAGGUCUCAUUCCGAGUAAAUACAUUAGUGUGUCAAGUGUGAAUGGGAGUCAGGAGCAAAGCAAGACAGAACCUGACAGGCGGAGCAGUAGUGGUAGUCAGUCAGAGGAUCUGCCAAACCCAGACUUCAGCACAUGUCUCAAGGUCUUCAGUGACAAGGCUGGAACUGGGGGCAGCCAGGUGCAUGGUGGGAAAGUCAUGUUACAGCUGCCAUCAGGGCAGUUAAUCCGACCGGCUCUUUCUCCCGGUGCUUUGCGUAAACCACUAGAUCCCCAGCAGAGACGGGCCACUUUAGAGGGAGCCAGUGAGGACAACUCUUCAAUUCAGGUUGACAAGGAGGUGCACCGGCAUAUGAACACAGUCUUCAAGGAACUCAUCAUGCGUCAGCCUGGCCAGGAUGUACCUGUCUCCAUGUCUUCUCCCUCCUUAUCGACUGAAGUCUCUUCUACUUCUCUGUCCGUUUCUCCGACUGCUCAGAAGAAAGGAGGACCAGGACGAAGAGGAAAAGGGCUGUUUAGAGCACAGGAGCAGACGGACUGAGAAAGAACGAGGGUGGGUGACAAAAUGAAGAAUGAAGUCAGUGACGCACAAAAAUGGAAGGAGACAACAUACAAUAUAACGUUUUCAGAGAUAACUCUUCGUGAGGUGAGCUAUUUUUCCCCCCCAGGCUAAAAAACGGGGCUGUCAGAGCAUCCUUUCUGCCUCUGUGUGUCAGACCCUUCCUCUGGUCUUAAUCUGAACCAUGAAAAAACACAGAAUUAAGGAACUCUGGACUGAGAGAGUCUUUUGAAGAUGGUUCUUAGGUUUUUCUAAAUUCUGAGAAGAAUGCUUGCAACUUUGUGAAUUUCACAUUUAGUUAAAGUGGGCAUUCACCUUAUAUUACAGUGAUUUCUAGAUAUCUGCUACUAAGAUAAAAUGAUAAUGGAUAUUUGCUGAAAGAAACAAAUAAUUUAUGUUUCUAGGGACAAAUAAUUUAUUUUUUACACUUUGCACUAGUGCACAUCAGUGUGUUAACAGUCUGUGAUUAAAGCUUUGUUUAA